GCGGUCGAUGCCGAUGGACUGAGAACGACGCACGACGGCGGCAACUUCCUUUGUUCUCCCCCGAGAAUACGAUACCACGGUGGGAGUUGGAGGCCAACGCUAUAGGAAGCUUCUUAAACAGACCCAGAUCCAUUAAGAAGCUUCUGGAUCUAAAUCCUCUUUCUUUCUUUUCUUUUCUUCAACACUAAUCCCGGUAAAAGAGAGAUGGGCAAGAAGAGAGUGUUGGUCGUCGGAGGUACUGGCUACUUGGGCCAGCACCUUCUGCAAGGAAUUUCAGAGAUUGAAGGGACACUCUACGACAUUGCAUUCACCCACCACUCCUUUCCUCCUCAGGCAUUGUUCCAGGCGUUUCCUCACUCCAUUGCCUUUCAUGUCGAUUUGAAAACUGGGGAUGGGUUUGAAACGGUUUCAGAGCGAUUUGGCCAGCCUGAUGUUGUGGUGAAUUGCGCUGCUUUGUCUGUGCCCCGGGCGUGCGAAAAGGAUCCAGAUGCUGCUAUGGCGAUCAAUGUGCCUUCUUCUCUCGUCAAUUGGUUAUCCAGCUUUACCGAGUCUAAUGAUACCCUUCUUAUCCAUCUCUCAACGGAUCAGGUUUAUGAAGGGGUGAAAUCCUUCUACAAGGAAGAAGAUGAUGCCGUCCCAGUGAAUGUUUAUGGGCAAUCAAAAGUUGCAGCGGAGAAGUUUAUCUCGGAAAAAUGCUCUAAUUAUGCUAUUCUUAGAAGCAGUAUCAUAUUUGGGCCACAAACUGUCUCCCCUGUUCCAAAGUCUCUGCCAAUUCAGUGGAUUGACAGUGUGCUCUCUAAAGGGGAUAAAGUGGACUUUUUUGAUGACGAGUAUCGCUGCCCGGUGUCUGUGAAAGACGUAGUGACCAUCAUCCUGGCUUUGGUUGACAGAUGGUUAUCUGAGGGUAAGAAAAUGCAGGUACUGCUGAAUGUUGGUGGACCAGACAGGGUGUCCCGAGUUCAAAUGGCUGAGGCAGUGGCCCAAAUUAGAGGAUACGAUACCUCAUUAAUCAAUACAGUCUCUGCAUCAUCUGUUGACCGAGGUGUCAGGUCCCCUGCAGACAUAUCUAUGGAUGUCACUAAACUGGUUCAGACACUGAAGAUUUCCCCAACUCCAUUUAAAGAUGGUGUUAGACUUACACUUGAUGCUGAAGCUAGUUCUUGAUGUUAUGAUGAUAUUGCCGUUUUCCUAUUCUCUGCUUUGUAACACCUCAGCAAUAUGUUCUAGGAAUUCAGUUAUUGCAAAUUAUUCUGUGGCAUUUUACUUGUAUUUGAAAUGUAAACUAUUACAAUUUAAGAAACUAUUUUUACAUUG